AUGCUUGAUUUCAUGGACUACAUCCAACUCGCGUUCGCGGAGCGGACGCAAUGGAACCGCGAUAAUUCGUACUCGUCGCUCACGGCGACAACGCAGUCCCUCCUAGAUUUCACCACUCCCGAGCGUGUCCGGGUUCACCUUUCCUCUCUGUCAACCCCCAACUUCGCGACAAGUUAUACUCUGGGUACCGUCGGAUUGAUCGAAGGCUCCGUAUCGUACCUAUACAGCAACAUAUCUUUUGAUAACCUACCAAGCAAAAGUGCUUUAAUACCUCUUCGUAAUCUCGCACCAGGCUAUCGACAAGUGCAAGCGCCUAUCGCCCCCUCUGUUGACUCGUGGAAUUGGGACUCUAUACUAGAUGGAAUUAAGAGUGGAAGCAAUGGCUACGGACAAGGCCCGGAUGGACAGAAGGCAACGUUGCUCCAUGCAACGUUGCACUUGCCACCACCGACAACCCUGAACGCGCUUUUCCUGCGACGCAUUUCCCCAACUAUGCAGCUCUCACUUGCUGUGUCCUCGACACGCGGCCCUCCACUAUCAACGUCCGCACCACAGGCUACCCUCCUGACCCAGUUGUCUCAUGACACUGGAAAGUACAGCAAUGAAUAUUUAUUCAGUACGGAUAAUUCCCUCUUCGGCUGGCGCGGACUCUGGAACUUUGGCCCCGAUCCCCGGUUUCACAAUGAUAUCCAACGCUUGUCGCUGUUAUCAGCUGGCGCAGAGGCCUAUUACUCCCCGGUAUCAUCACUAAUAGGCAUGUCCACGGGCCUAAGGUUCAGCACUCUACCAGCAGCUUCCAUCCCACAGUCGUCGUCAUUGAUACCCAGCCCUAGUGCUCCCAUAUCAACUUUUCCAUAUACUUUAACACUCACUCUAACUCCCUUGACGGGAUCCCUCUCUACCUCAUACUCAUUACGCGCCUCUCCAAACCUGUCCUUUAGUUCUCGGUUCGGUUUCAAUGUUUAUAGUUGGGAAAGCGAGAUGGUAGCGGGAUUCGAACUAUGGCGACAAUCGAAAAAGCCCAAGUUGGCCGCGGGAAACGAUGGCGCCGAUCUUGAAUGGGCCCGCAGGAAGGUCCGUGUUUGGGAUCCCUCAGCUUUUCCCCUGGCACCUCCCGAACCAGAAAUCCCACCACCAAACCAUGAAGACGAAACUCAAGAGUCAGUUCUCAAGCUACGAGUCGACCAAUCUUGGAAUGUUCGUCUUCUCUGGGAAGGUCGGGUGAAGGAGCUUCUGGUAAGUGCUGGGGUCGGGCUCGGCCCGAGUUCCUUCUCACCAUCGUCAUAUGCAAACUCCCCGGGUACAGCCGGGGCUCAAGGUAGCGGUGGGGGCUCACCGGCGUCAUACUGGAGGGGCGUCGGGGUUUCGGUAUCAUAUUCUUCGUGA